AUGUCUCAAGAAAUUAAUCAAGAAAACACUAAAAAUAAAUUAGAUGAAAACCAAAUUAUUUUUAAUUUUAACAAUGAAUUAAGUGAACUUUUUACUCAAAUUAUUAGUGAAAAUGAAGAAAAUAAUGAUAUAGAAUUAUGUACAAGUGAAUAUAAUAAUGAUAUUGAAACAGAGUUAAAAUUAGACAACAAUAAUAAUGAACAAAACUUUGAUUAUAUAU